GCGUUUUAGGUUCGAUAUUCUAAACCUUUUCGCUAGAAAUUAAUAUUUUAUUCUUAUAUGUCAUUUAAUGUCAUUAUGCCAUGUUAGUUUGACGCUUUCCUUCGCAAUAUCGGUGUAAUGUUUAAAAUACCAAGUUUUUCAAGAUAUUUCUCAUCAAUAUCCCAAUGAUGAGAGCAGAAAGAAAAUGUUGCAGUCGUUGCAGAUAGCCGCCUUCGCUUUGUUAUGGAUUGCCUGUUCCGCCGAUGACUUCUACCCAGACAACAACACGUACAGCACUGUCCCCGGCAUCGCCGCGUACCGCUCUGCUCUGACACUGGACUGGCUGGACAAGGGCUCCCAGCAACGACAGUUCGCACAUGCAUUCGGGAGUGAUAACCCGAUGCUUUCUAAAGACUUCGAGGGAUCGGAGUGUAUGGAGUAUACGAGGCCCGCUGCUGGGAAGAUCGCCAGGCUUAUGCUGGAGCUGUUGAAAAACCUUGAAAGUGAUGAUGGCGUCAUCCAAGAAUUAGCUCAGACGCUAGCUCGCACUAAGCUUCUCAUGCCGACCUCGAAGUUGGAUUUGGAACCAGAUUUAGCAGCGCUAGUGCAGACCCCCCAGGUCAUGCAGGGCGAGCCCCAUGACACCUUGCCGAGGGUUCUGGCUGCGGUGUGGAUGCUGGCCGAAGACCCUGCCAUCACCAAGGAUAACGGCUGGUGCCCAAUUGAACAGUUGACCCAGUACUUGGAUUCGGCCACGCCAGUGGAGAUCGCAGUGCGCAUGCGGGCAGUGGAUCCCAUCCUCUCGCGCGCACGUUAUAUAUUAGAAGACUUUUUGCAGAGUAUCGCGCCUAUGAGUAUCAAGUGGAAGGUGCCGACUAUGUUAAUGAUGUCAACUUCCAGAUUCGACUUUAGCAAAAAGAGCCCUUUACACACCACAAAGUCGUCUACAAUCACAAUCGAUUCCCGUGAGGCCUCCAUCACCAACACGCCCCCCACUCGAGCUGAGCAGGCAAUACCGGUUGUGCGGAAUUAUAUUUUGCCUGACGAAGACCGAAUGUUACAUACUAAAUUUUCAGCAGCAAAUAUAAACAAAGUGUGUAUUUAUACGUAUUGUCUAGCCUUGUGUUUUGUUAAUGGGUUGAGUUAUGUUAAAAUUUUAAUUAUUAUGCUUUGGCUAAAUUAUUAAAGAGAUAUCCUGUUGAA